AUGUCCAGAUUCAGGCUAUUUUCAACCGCAGGCAAGGGUCUUAGACGCGCCGCCGCAGGGACGGCCGUCCAAACGAAACCUCAGCUGUCUCCGCUGCAAUUGGCACUUUCUCUCGAGCAACCUAGCCACGCCUGGUCCAAGGAGCAGCUACGUGAGAUCUACCAUACUCCUCUGCUCGAACUAGUCCACUCAGCGCAGCUGCAGCAUCGCAGAUGGCACGAUCCUUCCAAAGUCCAGCUCUGUACGCUGAUGAACAUCAAGAGUGGAGGAUGCACCGAGGAUUGCAAGUACUGCGCGCAAUCCUCGCGCUACUCCACGGGCGUGAAGGCAGAAAAACUCGUUUCUCUAGACAGCGUGCUGCAGGAAGCGGAAGAAGCCAAGAAGAACGGCUCGACCCGUUUCUGUCUAGGUGCGGCCUGGAGAGACAUGCAGGGCCGCAAGUCCGGUUUGAAAAAGAUCUCCGAAAUGGUGACCAGAGUCAACGAAAUGGGGAUGGAAACGUGCGUCACGCUUGGAAUGGUGAACGAAGACCAAGCAAAACAGCUCAAAGACGCAGGUUUGACCGCUUACAACCACAACAUUGACACUUCAAGAGAACAUUAUCCUAAGGUGAUUACAUCGCGGACCUACGACGAUCGUUUGGAUACCAUCAAAAACGUUCAAAAUGCUGGCAUCAAAGCAUGCACUGGUGGCAUCCUUGGUCUCGGUGAAACCGAAGAAGACCAUGUCAGUUUCCUAUACACGCUUUCAAAUAUGACCCCACAUCCAGAGUCUUUGCCAAUCAACAGACUGGUCGCCAUUAAUGGAACGCCAAUGGCGGAAGAGUUGAAAAAGAGCGACGCUAAGAAACUUGGUUUUGAUGAAAUUUUGAGAACGGUUGCAACCGCUAGACUUGUCAUGCCACAAGCUAUCAUUCGUCUUGCUGCCGGAAGGUACACAAUGAAAGAGACGGAACAAUUUCUGUGUUUUUUGGCCGGUUGCAAUGCCAUCUUCACAGGCAAGAAGAUGUUGACCACGCUGUGCAAUGGAUGGGAUGAAGACAAGGCCAUGCUCUCCAAGUGGGGGUUGGAGCCCAUGCAGAGCUUCGAUUACGAUGCCCAGAAAAGGCCAGCAGCGGGAGAAGUUUAA